UGGCGCCACUGGGCGGAGUGCGCUCGCACUAGGAAGAAGAUGGCGGAUUAUGUGUUUGGAAUUCGGCAUUGGCGUACAUAUAUUACGUCUUGGACCAGGAUAAACGCCCCUGAAAUGCUCGCAUGAGGCUUUGAUUCCGAAUGUAGCGCCUCUAAAUAUGUCACUGGGAGCCUUGGGUUGGGUAGGGUUAUCUGUGAUACUCUUCUGGUCAACAUUCGGUUUGUGGACGUGCCUGCUGUUGCCAUUGUGUGUGCUUGUUACGCUCCUUGGCAUUAUUUCCAUGGGUUAUUUAUUGGAAUACCAUCGGCAGCUGGAGUCCUGCGUAGUACUUCCCGUUUCAGAUGUUUCAGAAAGUCAUUCUUCCCGUGGUUUGCCACAGAUAACGCCAGUCAUUCUAAACCCCCCAAGAAAACCCCAGUACAGUCGAUACCUCACGGGUCAUAGGGCCAUUGAUGGCCCACUCUCCGAGGUUCUUCAUUACGUCCUCAGAGACUAUGUGUACACGUGGUACAGGAGCCUGUCCAAUGACGAGGCCUUCAUUGACCACAUUAGAGAUCUGGUACAUGAAAUUAUAGUAAAUUUUUCGUCCAGGGCCCAAGGGGUGGACUGGGUCCAGUAUCUUACCAUUCAGUUAGUCGACGAUUUUGCGUCUCAUUUACGAUUAUUCCGACAAGCGCAGAUGAAGCUGAAGUUAAAGAAAGAGGAUGAAUCUUCGAAGAAUGCGGAUCUGCUGACGUUGUUCUUCAACUUGGAGACAGCAAUGGAGCGUAGCCUGUGCCGUGAUCUAGUCUGUAUUUCAAAAGAACGUGAGAUAGAGUAUCUACAACAAGUCGGUGACGUUCUUCUGUACUUGCUACUGCCUCCCGAUGAUUUUCACAACAAAGUCAUGCGAAUUUUUGUUAGGGAGCUGCUCGUCAACACAGUCCUGCUUCCAGUGAUAAAUCUAGUGUCCGAUCCUGAUUACAUCAAUCAAACUAUAGUGUGGAUGUGCCGGAAUUCCGCACCCACAAGUGACGAAUUCUUGACUGUGCUGAAGUGCACGGACAGCGUGAGCGAGCUGGAGUCUGUUAAGGAGAUCGUGACCCACGAAAUUGCAGUGCAGAGGUCACGCGAUACAGGAGGAGAUGAUGAUACAGUUAUCAAGAAACAGCUGAACAGUCUGAACUAUGUGAUGAAGGUUGUUGAAAACAGAAUUCAGCGUUUGUGUGACGGCACUGUCGAUACAGACUCAACUGGGCUGCCGUGUCAAAUUGACUGGAAAAGAAUGACAGCACCAGGGGUGGAGCUGUUCCAACUACCGUUCGAAGUGGUUCUGGGGAACAACAUAGCACUGUCCUACUUCAUUGAAUUCAUGACAUCAAAUGGAUCACAGAAGUAUGUCUCAUUUUACCUCCACGCAGAAGGGUACAAGGUAGCAGCACAGCAGAUGUUGAGUCAAGUGCAUACGACGGAGGACCGUAAUGCAAAUAUCGAGUGCCUAAGGGAGGCUGCAUUUCAUAUUUAUGACACUUACCUCUCUGAAAAGGCAUCAUCUCGAAUCAUUGUGGAUGAGCAGCUGGUGAAGAAGCUCCUGUGCAAAUUGAGGGUAGAGCCCCCUGACGAAUUCUGGUUCGACGAUAUUCAAAGAAAGGUGGCGUCAGUGAUGCAGGAAGAUCAGUACUUUCCGAGCUUCCUGAAAACAGAUGCCUACAUAAAGCUGUUGGCAGAGCUCGACCUACUGAAAGAUCUAGGAUCCAAGUCCGACGAAGAAGAUUCUUUCUGUGGGACCAAGUCUGCUGGAAGUGGAGAUGACUGUGGCAGUUUAAACUCACUGGACCAGGAAGAAGACCCCUUAGAGUUUGCAAAAGAAAUCACCAUAACAGUGCAUGCACCUCAAGAGCCACCUAUUUUCAAGGGGUCCGAAAUAUUCCUUAAUGCUAGCAUAUAUAGCGUAGGUUUGGAGCGGGACUCCAGCACAACAUUUGCUGUGUAUGCCAUCUCUGUGAUAAGAGAUGGAGCCCAAAUGGAAGAAGAGCGAUGGUGCACCUACAGGAGGUACAGCGACUUCGAUGACUUUCAUAUUGCUCUGCUCGAGAAGUUUCCGAAGUUGUCUCGCCUACCAUUUCCUGGAAAGAAAACCUUCAAUAAUCUAAGCCACCAGUUCCUGGAUCAGAGGAAGGAUCAACUCAAUAAGUUCUUGAAAAGUGUUCUCGAUAGAGAAGUUAUUUCAGCCCAUCCCGGGUUGUGCGAAAUGGCCUUGAACUUUCUCCAGCCUGGGCCAUAUGAGAGGGGGAAGAAGCAGCGUGCCAGAACCGUGGGCGCUCUAGUCAAUCCUCUGAAGUCAUCCGUCCGAAACAUGGGGAACAUGGUGAAAAAUGCCCCAGAAAACCUGUUUGAUGGCCUUCGUGACAGCAUAAUUAAGGUCAUGCGCAGCAGGCCAACUGCAACGUCCGUCGAGGUUCUCAUUGAAGAAAAUAGCAAAGUGGGAGCGGCGAUUGAUACGGAGACGCAAGAUAACAUUCCAUUAAGAAUUAUGCUUUUGCUUAUGGAUGAAGUAUUUGAUCUCAAGAGCAAGAAUCAGUGGCUGAGGAGGCGUAUUGUAGUCAUACUAAGACAGAUCAUCAAGGCAACAUUUGGUGACACCAUCAACAGGAAAAUAGUCGAUUAUGUCGAAUGGAAUGCUUCUGCAGAAAAGAUUGCAGAAUACAUUACUGCUCUCAAAGAUGCACUGUGGCCCAGUGGCUGCCCAGCACAGCCGCAACCGGAAAGAGAUAUUAAUACUAGAAUGCGGACACGUGUGGCUGCAAAGAUGAUAAUGCUGUGCAGUCUGACAGACGAGCUGAAACACAUCAUCGGGAGUGACACAACACGACGUGGCAUGUUGUGUGUCUUUGAGAUGUUCCAGCACGCGGCGCUCAAUAGACGUCUGGCCUAUGUGUUACUCGAGGGAUUUCUGGCCACCUUGUUUCCAAAAAACAAGUUCAACGAGCUCUUCCGCAAGAUGCACGGGCCCUCACCUUCCAUCUCGACUGCGUCGAUAUCGUCGGACCCAAGCCGUUCGAGUCAAAUGACGCCGGACAUGGGAAAGCGGCUGGAUGUUAGAUGACCCACAUUCUAUGCUUCCUGUCUUCUGCCAAGACAAACUGCAUUGCUUGACCUUGAAAGUUGAGCAAGUUCCAUUUCCACUGCAUUUCCACUGUGCUGACAGCAUACCUCUGUAUCACCCAGUUUCGAAUAGUAAGAGAUGGACUGACAGGCAGGCAUUUCUUGUGCCGAACAUCCUAACGUUGAGGAUGUUUUAAACGACUAGCUGUUUAGUCUCUCCAAUGACGAAAAUGUUGCUACAGUAAACAAAUUAAUAUAAAACUGGUGGCUUUGUCGAUGACAAAAUCAAGUUAUGCCUUGGUAAUGCAUAGGUUCAUAUGCUUACGAGCAUGAUGAAAAAUUUAUCUGUGUUAUAAACCUUUAUUUUGAGUACUGAAAGCCCAUUUUAUUCAGGUAUGUUACUGAGUGGGCUGCAGAACAAUGCCCUUUGUUGUCCCUUGGCUUAUUUGCUGUGAUCCACAACGUGUGAAGUACGUAUCGUGUUCAGAGUGAUAACACAGUGCUCUCCUCUUGUGAUAUGAGUAGCACAUGCAAAGAGUAUUUUGUGUGACCAUAUUACCUGGAAAUAUACAUAAAUGCGUGUAAAUAUUGGCUUUGUAUCGAAGUGUUGGUGUGUGCUAUAAUUGAGAGAUGAGAGAAUAAUUUAUUUUGUAGCUGGAUAUAUACCAAAUUGUACAGGUACAGCUGUGUACGAAUUGGAUCUGGUCAUUUUUGUUUUUGUAUCUUGCCGUACUUGUUAUUUUUAUGCCAGUGUUAUGUGCAGCUGUUAAUCCGGAUAGUAUUCAAAGUACUGCCCGUAUUGCCCCUAGCAUGUGGGUCCCCGAAAGAGUAUUGAAAUUUUAAUCCGAACAUAAGUUUCCCAGACUUACGAACCAACCUCCUGUGAGUCCGAGCAUGAAACAGCCAGCCACUUAUUUCAUAGGACUGAAUUAAUGAAAAUAAAGUUGCCUUAUGCUGUCUAUGUCACCACUUUCUGGUUUGUAUGUAGUAGCUGUGUUUCCAAAGAGGUCUGACAUUUUGCUUUGGCAACAGGAGUGACAUGGUCCUUUCUCUUUCCCAGGUGAUGAAAUACACACAGCAACUUGUAGUUUAGCAGACUAGAUUGUCACUUUUGAGAGCAAAAAGAAUCACAAUGCCUUUUGCCGCACCCAUUUGUAUGCAUUCCAACACCCCCCCCCCCCCCCCCCCAAUUACUGCUGUUGCUAAGCCCCUAAUAUAAUGAAUGCCAUGAAUCAAGAUACUCAUCAGAGGAGACAAGGAUCAACUGAUAAAAUGAAUGUUAAGUGGCUUAGAAAAAUAUGGGAGCAACGAUGGGUAUCGAGGACAGAAAAUCGUGUCUCGCAAUCAGACUGUUUUGAGUGUCUUAUGUAUAUUCUGCGGGACACAUGAACUGUGACUUCAGAGAUUGUGUGUCUGCAGAAACGUCCGGGAUAGGAAAUCCAAAAUUGUAAUAGACAACAAAGAAAAGCAAAAGUUGUUCACCUGAAAUGUCAUAAAAUUGUACAGUCUGGUAAUUAGAUCUGAUAUUUCUGGCUAUGAUUUAUUUGUGAUUUAUAUAUAUGAUUUAUACAUUUGGAUAUUUAGACAUACUACGUACAAGGUGGUUGAAAAGUGUGAAAUACUCCAGAAUAUCCUGGCACUGUUGUCCUCUUUCGUCUUCCUUCUUUUUUUAAUUUGAUGUGGUUUAUUGAUUUCUUAAUUGUAUGGACACCGUUUCUAACCGUAUGUGAUGAACUGUAACAUGGAGUGUGGUUUUCUACCUGAACAAUGUUGAUAAGAGAUGCAGAGCUUCUAGAAACAUCACCGGGGUUGAACAGCAGAAGUCUUGCUUUUGCAAGUAGUAUGUAACGUAUGUGCAGCAUUUUACAUAAGACUCUUCGUAACUUUUAGGUAGAGGACAAAUGCUGUGUUGCCAUUGGUUCCUUAGAGGAGACGAGCAGUUUUGAAUGCACAACGCAUUUUUCCUAAACGUAGCAGACGACAAAAUCAAGUUAUGCCUUGGUAAUGCAUAGGUUCAUAUGCUUACGAGCAUAUGAACCUAUGCAACAGAGAGACGUGUGUGACAUGUUGACUUGCCGAAUUACCAUUUUUUUGGGUUCCUGUAGCGUUGCAUUGUUGCAGUGGCCUUCAUUUUUGUAACCCACAAUCAGAUUUGUUACAGCAGCAAACUGUCCUGUGCCUGGUAGAGAUUUGACAUGGCUACCACCGUACUCACAUAGAUACUGACUGUGCCCCAACUUGCAGACUUGACCUCUGUGAAAUACAGGAUCUGGUUUUAAUUUGGCAAUGUCAGUUUCAACAGCACUCGCGGUUAGAUACAAUACUAUUGAGCAUCACAGUUGUAAGUUUGUUCUUGAUGCGGAAAACCCAUUAUGUUGCCGUACACUUUUGUACUUCAUGCAAUUGGCGUGCCACUGUAUGAACAUUUCCAAAAUUAUUCUAACAUUCCUACAUGUGAAGCUGUCCGUGCACCCUCCAUCCUUGUUUCCACAACCAUGCAAGAUGGGAGAUUCUGUUGUGACCCUGUUAUGUGGUAUGCAUUGUGUGACCAGUAUGUCACUAUGUUACACCUUGCAUCUAACUUGAAUCUGAAGUAUUACAGAGUCCUCUCUGACAGAAAAAAAAAAGAAAAAGACAGAAAAUUGUGUACGAGGUAGGAUGCCCGACAUUCACGAAAUAUUGUCGGAUGCAUUGUUCUAGUGCUUAAUGAGGUUACAAUUCUCGUUUCAGGUGUCUUUAUUUUGCGAGUGAUCAUAAAUGUGAAUGAAACAGGAAGUGAUACUUUUUUUUUUGUCAUAUUUCGAGCACUGUAGAAAUAUUUAUAAGGCCCAAACUGAAGAUCUAACCUCAGGCAAGCAAGACAUGCAGUAGACCCUCGUUAUAACGAAACCGCUUUAUUCGAAGUUUUAUGCAGUCCGAAAUGCAUGCGUUUCCAACCAGAUCAAUCAAAUUGUACUGCCAGCAAACUCUGCUUACUGUGAAGGGUGACCAGAUAGUAACCACUAUGGCAAACUCUGCUCACGUUUUUUUUUUUCUCAAUAUUACAACGCUGACAAGGUGCUCAUCUAUCAAGAUUUCUGUCUUUGCUUAAGUACUUUUUUUAAGGACUCCCGAGGUGUUUCCGUGCGGUCCAAGGGCACUGUCGCUGCUUUCUGGGAAUUCCGCUUAUAUAAAUUUUUUUUUAGCACUUGGCUUCGUUAUAACGAGUGGCUACUGCAUUUCACACAAAUUGAACAAUUUCUCGCAGCACUAUACGGCUUUAAAAACGCAGAAUUCCCACAGAGACUGAAGGGUGUCGUACCCCCCAAAGUUUGACGACAGACAUUUCAGUGAACGUCCUGAUGUCCAUAGUAUUUGUGCAGUUUGUGAUUUCGGUUUAUAAAUUUGUAGUUUUGUUUCUU